CAGGGUUGUUUUGAUAAAUGGAGGCUGUGCCAAAAGACGGGCUGGAUUUCCUGCGGCUUUGGAGCAGGAGCCGCCUUUGCACAGCAGCCGCUGAGCGGGUGCUGGUUUGGGGUAGUUUGCGUGGGCUGGGCUUUUCCUGAAAUGCGCUGCUCUGGAACCAAGCUCUGCGGGGAUGAAUUUCUGACCUGUGGAAUUCAUCCGGCCUUCGUAGCGUGGCCAGAAACGUGGCUCUUCAAAAGCCCACACGGACAAAAAAAUAAACCCCGCUGCCAUUAGUUGAACUUUAAACUGGUUUUUCAGUGGGGCUGGGGUCACGCAGGGUAUGAACUGUUCCUCGAUGAGCACGUUACUCCAUCCCGGUUGUUUGCAAGGCAGACCGACAACCAGAACCUUUUUAAAACACUGGGGUUGCUGGAGUGGUCCAAUUUUUCCUGGAGUUGAGUGGGAAAUUCAGAAGACUGAAGCCCAGGCUGACUGUCUACCUUUCACGGAGGCCGAGCCGUGAGAGGACGGAAGAAGGCACCUGGCGAAUCAUGACAGCAGACAAAGAGAAGGACAAAGAGAAAGAGAAGGACCGGGACCGGGACAAACGGGACAAGGCGAGGGAGAGCGAGAAUUCGCGGCCUCGGCGGAGCUGCACCCUGGAAGGCGGGGCCAAGAACUACGCCGAGAGCGACCACAGCGAAGACGAGGACAAUGACAACAAUAGCGCCACCACGGAGGAGUCCGCCAAGAAGAACAAGAAGAAGCCCCCCAAGAAGAAGUCGCGCUACGAGAGGACGGACAACGGGGAGAUCACCUCUUUCAUCACGGAGGAUGACGUCAUCUACCGGCCUGGAGAUUGUGUAUAUAUCGAGAGCCGUCGGCCCAACACGCCCUAUUUCAUCUGUAGCAUUCAAGACUUCAAAUUGGUGAUUUGCAAGGUUGCAGCGCACGGGCAGCUGUGUGUUUUCUGAGUCGCCUCGGCCUGAACCCCCCUGCUUGGGAGCCUCUGGACUCUGAUCCAUGCAAAUGGCCGAGUUCUUCGAGCCAGCACUGUAGGGCCCGGCGCACUUUUGGAGGAAUGAAGACAGCACCUCUCUGGGACUCGUGAAAGGAGCCCCGCUUUUUCUGGCUUUUAGGGAAUUGGUUCAUUAAAGCGAACCCAACUCCUCGAGCCGUGAUCUCUUUCUUUCCCCUUUCCCCUUGAGCACAAAGUCUGAAAAAAGCCAGGCUGCUUUUAUGAGACUCGGAGAGGGGCCGGCCAUGCCCGAGGCUCCAAGCCCUCCUUCCUAAUUGAUUUCAAAGGCGCAGAGCCCUAGUCAUUCUUUCCCCCGCGCACAUUGUAUUUUGUGGUUUCGAGUCAGGAUAAAUAACCUUUUCAGUCUGGAAUUUGGAGAGCACUCUGUGAGCAGGCUCGUAAAAUGGCUGAUUGGGCCACAUAUCAUCCACUGAUUAGAACAGGGAAGGUGGUUCUGCUCUUUCUUUAGUCUCCAGGAUGCCCCUUAUCAUCCCAGCCGCUCUGAUCUUUUUUUCCCUGGAUUGUGGGUAGGCAGCCAAACCUCUGUGGGGUCUGUAGCGAUGCCCAGAGACCACCCCAGAUACAUUCUGACAUCGAAUGCUGGGCAGCACAGUCUGGCCAAAUGGAUUACACUCAUGUAUCUGUGUAAACCCGCCAUCUGUUUGUUCCAAAAUGGCUCCAAACUCUUCCUGGUUCCCUCUCUCUCUCCCCCCACGGCUCAUUCUUCU